CAAGAAUUAAUUUCGUGAAUAUUUAGAUGUUUUUGCGGAAUUUACACAAUGGGAAAGCGCAAGAGACCUGCUGAAGCCACUGCAGUCCAGUACGAGCAAGCGCCCAGCAGAGGAAGAAUCGUGCAAACGGUGCAGGACAAGGCUGGAAACCUUUAUUUGCAAAAUGACUCGGGCCAGCAAUCAGGUCACCACCAAAAUCAAACGACAACUACUUACUAUCAAAUCCACACAAAAGUCCAGCCCGCGGAGAAAACUGGCACUGUGAUACAAGAACAUCGAACUGCGGGCGGCGGCCAAACACAUCUGACGCAAGUUGUUCAGCAGCAGCAGCAGCAACAACAACAACAGACGCAGCAGCAGCAGCAACAAGACGCGAAUGUUACUUUCAAAUGCAUCAAAUGCGAUUUAAUUUUCGAGUGCAAGGCGGAUUUCAUGGAGCAUUGCAGCCAAUACCACUACUUUGCCUGCGACUUUUGCACCAACAGCAUCUUUGACGACUUGAUUCAGCUAAAUUACCACAUGCUGAAGCACAUGAACAAGAAUUUCGUGUGCGAAAAAUGUAACAUGAUGUGCAACAGCACGGACGAGCUCAAAACGCACUUGGGAGGCCACAUCACGAUUUACGACAAGAACGAAGUGGUGUUCGCCAACAAUGGACAAACGAAUGCUCUGAGUGACGACACGUUGAUUGAGCAUCUGUCCUCCGAACUGGACCAAACAAUCACGAAUACGGUGAAAGUUAAGCCGCAGUGGUACCGAUGCGGCGUGUGUAAACAGGAUUUUAGCGAUUCGAAGACACUUUUUAAACACAUGAACCAGGUGCACAUCAACAUCCAGACGCAAAUGAUCCAGCAACAAAUGGCAAAUCCCUCGCCACCGCCCGCGACAACAACUCAGGUCCAAAUUUCGCAUCAGCAACAGCAGCAGCAGCAACAACAGCAACAACAACAGCAGCAACAGCAAUCCACUCAACAGGCGACAACUCUCCAGGAAAAUGUCGUUUACACGAAUAUCGACUCCAACAACAUUUUCUACGACGAACGUACGGGCCAGUACUACACAAUCGCGCUAAUGGACAACGCAUCGCCUCUGAGUGAUGCCGGCGGCAGUGGCCAGUCCGUCAUCGAGUACGUACAAGACACGACGAGUUUGCAACAAGUGCAACAACACAUCGAAUACAUCGAAGACGGCCAUCAGCAGCAGCAGCAACCACAAGAAACAAUCAUCAUCGAGGACGAGUCGCAGCAUUCACACAUUUCCCAACAGCAGCAACAACACAACAAAAUUUCACAUUCUACCAACAUUCAGCAAAACCUCCAAGCGAAACAACAAAUACAAAAUAACUCAAGUGCCGCUCAAGCGCCCGCAAUCAGCACGGAUCCGCCACCUCUAGUUCAAAUAACGCGCGACACAGACCUCGAGGAACUUAUUCCGACGACAACUCUCGUGGCCGAUGCUCCAACCAACCCGCAACAGCAGCAGCAGCAAAAAGUGACGAAGCACGAGAGCACGACGACACAGACCAACCACAAGCAAUCUGGCGGCGUCACGAAAUGCGAAAAUUGCAAAACGGCAUUCGUGAAGAAAUUACCGAAGCAAAUGUUUUGCCAUAAUUGUGUGACAAGGAAUACAUCGGCAACAACGGCAGCUAAUAAACAUUAAAAAAAAAUUAAACGACAAAAAAUGGUUUGUCGCAAAAGUUAGAAGUAAAAUGUGAUGCAGUAACGAUGCAGAUAACCUCAUAUGUCGCAUCACUUAUUACAACAUAUUUUACAGGACUCAUUGAUUGUGAGAUGCUUCAGAUUUCCUUUAAAUAUAUAUAUAUUUUUGAAACGAACUAUACCUAUACAGAAAAAAGGAACGUUACUAAAGUAAUGCAAAACAAAAUAAGAAGAAAAAAGUAUUUAGCAAAAUAAACUUAUUAAAAAAAAUUGUUACAAUCAGUUGAUGUUUUAGAAAUUAGUGAUAAGGAAAAAAAUCAUAAUACAUUUCUUAUAAAUAUUAUUUUAUUUUAUUAUAUUAUUAUUAUUAAUUUUACGACCUAUUUUUAUUGAUAAACAAU